CCAGCUCUGAGCACCAGAGCUUUGAGAUCCAUGCUCAGAAAUCAACCAUCCAGUCGUCUGCAGAGCACCCGAGACGGGACAAUGGAGGCCGCCAGCCUGCCAGAUGAAGGCCAGUUUGCCCCAGGCUCCUUCCUGGAGAAGCUGAAUUUCCUGGUGAAAGGAAUCGGCUGCCCCAAUCCCGAUGUGGGGAGGGCUCCGCGCAAAGUCUUUGACAAGAGAUGGCUGAAUCUACCACAUCCAGCCCCUCCCCCUGCCAAGGUGCCGGUGACCGGAUCCCCUCCAUCAUCUUGCUCCAACGGAUUCCCUGCUGUUGUACCGCUGCCUGUGAGCGCUCAGCAAGAGCCUGUCACCAAACCGAUCGCUGAGGCUAGUGUCUUGUCUGUGCGGCGAAGGAGGACAGCCGCCUACCCCCUGCUUGCUCCUGCAGCUCCUCAUCAGGCCUCCAGCAUGGCCCAGGAACCAUCUCCCCAGGCGGCCCUGGAGCUUCAGGGUGGCACCAGCAGCCUCGACGAGCAGGCCCAGCGGCUGGAUGCAGAGAUCAACGAGCUGAUCCAGCAGUGGGAGCUCAGGCCCGAGGAUGAGGAGUGGGAGGACACGGCCUCUUCCGUGCUGCUGAAGAGUAAAUGGUGCCGGGGUGACCCCAUGGAGCUGGACGACGAGUUCAUCCGGGAGGACCCUGCCUACAACGCAGACAGGGUGGAGAGCGAGGCUCGGGAAGCAGAUGAUGUAGAGGGCCAGGCCAGCAGCCCAGCAGUGCCACCUUCCUCGCCCUCCUCCCCUGCCCAGUCCUCUGAGGCUGCCCCGGACAGCCAGAGGGACUAUUCCCUUAGACCCAGGGGCCCUGCGAAGGAGCGUUCAGCAGAGGAGGAGGGAGAAACCCCCAUGGAGGAGAGCUCAGCAGAGGAGGAGGAGGGAGACUCCCCUGGUGGCUCCACGGAGGAGAGCUCGGAGGAGGAGCAGGAGGAAGCUGAGCCCUCUCCCCAGCGGCAGAGGAAGCGGGGUCCCCAGGGAGGGACGGCUCCGCGUGUCUACCCAUGCCCCACCUGCGGCCAUAAGUUCGCCAACAGCAGCAACAUGCGGAAGCAUCUGCGGAUCCACACGCGAGAGGCGCUGUACUCGUGCCACGCCUGUGGCAAGUCCUUCACCGACUCCUCCAACCUUACCAAGCACCAGCGCGUGCACAGCGGGGGUCGGGAACGCCCCUUCAGCUGCUCCAAGUGCCCCAAGGUCUUCGCCUCGGCCCCCAAUCUGCAGGAGCACCUGCGGCGCCACGAGGGCAUCCGGCCCUUCCCCUGCAUGGACUGCAAGCGCAGCUUUGUGUCGCAGGCAGAGCUGCUGGCGCACAUCCGCAACCACGUGGGGCAGCUCCAGGCCCUGACCCCCAAGGCCUUGCUGCACUGCGAGGACUGCAACAAGAGCUUCGCCAGCCCCAUGCUGCUGCGCCUGCACCAGCGCCGCCACAAGGCCUUCGUGUGUGACGAAUGCGGCGCCGUCUUCACCCUCGAGUUCAAGCUGCUCUUCCACAAGAGCCUGCACAAGGGGCUGCAGACCUGCGGGCGCUGUGGGGUGCAGUACACGGGAGGGCACUUCUGCCGGGCUCAGUCCCAGUCCCAGUCCCAGUCCCGUGCCUCCCAGCCAGGACACAACGGUGCCAAGACUCUGGUUAGAGUCCCUGACUCUGUGCCAGCAGCAGGCUCCGCCCCGGCCAGGCCCCCAGCCCCAUUAGCAGACGGGCCCCCAAGCCCUGCCCCAGCUGGGCCCCCAGGCUCCGCCCCGGCUGGGCCCCCAGGCUCCGCCCCGGCUGGGCCCCCAAGCCCUGCCCCAGCUGGGGCCACAGGCUCCGCCCUAGCCAGGCCCGCAGCCCCAGCCCCACUAGCUGCUGGAGCCCCAACCCAAGCAGCAGUGCGGCCCCACAGCUCAACCACAUUGAUGGCCACUGCCUCAGUCCCUUUGACCAUCCCUCCCUCAGACCCAGUCACAGGAGUGAUAAGUAACGGCCUGAUCCUACUGAACCCGGCAACCUUGCCCCCGGGCACCAAGAUCAUCCUUCAGAUCCCACCCCAGAUGGUUGUGCCCCCAAGGGAUGCAGGCACGAGAGCUGGGAGUACCAACACUUGUACUCUGCAAGGAUCGGUACCCAGGAGGAUGCCAGAGCUGCGCCCAGCCCCAGCCAAAGCUCAGCAGCCAGCAGGAGGGCAGCACGGUGAUCUCACCAGCAGCAGGACAUCAGCAGAGAAGGGCAACGGGCCACACACCCCGCCAGUGCCAGCCCCCUCCCAGCCCCCGCUACCAUCAGCCCCCCUGCAGCCCCCACAGCCUCUGCCACCAUCAGCCCCCCUGCAAUGCCCACCUCCCUCAGGCCCACCAUUGCUAGCUCCCUCUCAGCCCCUGGCCUUGAUGCCGCUGCCAGUCCCUCCACCCCCCUCAGCCCCUCCACAGCUGCCAGCCCCCUCAGAGGAGCUCUGGGCUGAGCAGGGAGCGUGGCACAAACCCUAUAACUUCCGGCAGUCCCAGCCCCAAGGGAAAUACACCGAGGAGGAAGCAGGGGAGGGCAGUGACCCCGGGGGAAGCUCUGGGGAGGACUGGGCAGGGGAGAGCGGGGAUGAAGAGGACGAGGAGCUGGAGCCUGUCCUGCACGGGAAGAGACGAGGCCGGCCCCCCAAGAAGCAAGGACCAGGUCAGUCCCCCAAGAAGCAAGGACCAGGCCAGCCCCCCAAGAAGCGAAGGCGAGGCCGGCCCCCCCUGGGCCCCUACAUCUGUGUGGUCUGUGCCAAGCGCUUUGUGUACCAGAGAUCGCUGAAGCAGCACAUGCGGCUGCGCAGGCACUAUCCCUCCUGCCAGCAGCCAUGAGUGAGGCUCAGAGCGAGCCAUGAUGUCUGGCUGGGCACUACAGUGCCCAACCAUCCCCCCAGCCCCUGUGGGGGGCCCUCAAUGCAAACCCCCUUGCUCUGUCCCUGCACCCCCACCCCAUUGCAGAGCAGGCAGCUGUGUUGGGUUGUGUGGACUGAGCUGUCUGACCAUCCUGGGAGAUCCUGCACCCUGACGUCUCUUCUCGGGCCUGGCCUUCCACAUGCCAUUCUGCCCUGGCACCCAGUGCCAUCCCCGGGUCAUCCACCCCUUGGACUCCCCUGUGUCACUGGGAGCAGAGCAGGGCUUCUUCUCGUGAAAUGCUGCUGCCUCAGCUACUCCACUGCAUAAAAAGCAGCCCUGAGGCUGGCUGGGGGCUGCAUGUCCUUUGUGUGUCAGUGGUUGGGGCAGGGUUGGCAGCAGGCCUAAAGCAGGGGACCCUCUGCUGGGGUGAAGGGCAGCUCUUUCCCUCUGCCCCCUGCGCUCCUUGGCCCAGGGUAUUACCUCCAGGAACUGGGCUCAGACCGGGGACUUGUUUUUUCAUAUCCCCCCGUAUGGCAGAACUUGGACCCAAGAGUGGAAAGGCCCCUGCCCAGCCCCUCUGCCUUAAGGGGUCAGGUGGAGCACAACUGGUUUUAUUGUUUAUUAUUAAAAAUGUUUUCAAGCUAAUUGUUGUAUUUGUGAGUCCCCUGCCCUGCUCAGGACACCAGCACCAGCCUUUCAUGAGGCUGCUGGAUUCAGGUGCCUUGGGUGUGGGGAGCCCGGCAGAGCACUGGUCUUCCCAAGCUGCUGAGAACCUGCCCCAGUCAGCACAAGGUCCCCAGCUGGGAUCCCCCAACCAGUGGCUGCACGUGUGAAUUGACCCUUGGGUGGGGGUUCC